UAAAUAAACCGUCGAAGAAGACUUUAUUAUUUAGCUCUUCUUCCUCGUUAGUAAACAAACAUGGAAGGGAACCAAACAUUUUGCUGCACUGUGCUGGAUAAAAAGAGCCAGAGUAAAUUCAUCUGCUACACCAAGAGAAAACCCGGAGUGUGUCACAUUGGUUUGACAGACGCUGCUGAUGUUUGGAGCUCAGAGUUGACUGCAGACACUCAGGAGCAGUUUAGAAAGAGGUUUGCCUUGACGUCUACAGAUGAUUUCAUACUCAAACUCAGGUCGGCCUGUGGUAGUGGUGACGUGUCUGUUGUGGUCCACGACUCGAGUGCAGACCUCCAUGUGGGCUCCAGUUCAGCUGGCCUCAGGAUGACCCUGAACAGGCUGGAGGGUCCUCAGGCCCGAGAGGAGCUGAAGGAGCUGCUGUUCAAGUUGGCCGACAGCCUCGUGCAGAGCGACAGUAAAUGUGGGUCUCCUUCAGUCAGUCCAGUGAAACAUCCUCAGAGGAGACACACAGAGUUUGAGCCGAGGCAGCAGAACGGAGCUCCGUCAGUGACGCUGAAGAAACGACUUCCAGGAGCUUCACUCGUCAACCCAGGAACCAAAAAAAAGCUGCGAGCGACCGGCGUGGCUUUCGAUGAAGCAGAUGAAGACUAAACCUUCAGAUUCCUCCUCUUUCUUUUAAUUCAUUAUGAAGUUUGGCAUUUUUUUUAAAUGACUUGUAUGAUAAAUGACUUUUAAUGCUUGAUAUUUAUCACAACCACAACUUGAACAUUGAUUUUAAAGGUAUUUUAAAGUUAAUGGAUUAAAUGUGUAAUUCUAUGUUCAGCUGAAUGAGGCUGCAACCAUUAAAAUAUGAAGGUUAAUUUUUAACUGAAUCCUGAAAUUAAAUUAAUAAACUGGAGAAUAUAUUCUGAA